GGGUCGCCGCCUCCCGGGGCCCCGAGGGGCGCGGGCGCACCUGUUGGGACCAGGCUCUCGGCUGCGCGUCCGCCCGAGUGCGGGGCGGCGGGAGAGCGGGGGCCUUUGGGCCGGGGCGCCGCACAGCCCCCCUGGGGAGUGAAGACGGGGCGGCCCCGCGACGCCGGGGCGGUGGGCGAGCCAGGCCUGCCCGUCGCACGCCACCCGGUUUUGAGAACGGUUGGGAUUUCCGACGAGGCGGAGCGGGGGCGGGAUGUACACGCUGCUGUCGGGCCUGUACAAGUACGUGUUCCAGAAGGACGAGUACUGCAUCCUGAUCCUGGGCCUGGACAAUGCCGGGAAGACGACCUUCCUGGAGCAGUCAAAGACGCGGUUUAACAAGAGCUACAAAGGGAUGAGUUUAUCCAAGAUCACGACCACUGUGGGCCUGAACAUUGGCACCGUGGACGUGGGAAAAGCACGUCUCAUGUUCUGGGACCUCGGGGGGCAAGAAGAACUGCAGUCUCUGUGGGACAAGUACUACGCCGAGUGCCAUGGUGUCAUCUACGUCAUCGACUCGACCGACGAGGAGAGGCUGGCGGAGUCCAAGGGCGCGUUUGAGAAGAUGGUCACCAGCGAGGCGCUGGAGGGCGUCCCCAUCCUGGUGCUGGCCAACAAGCAGGAUGUCGAGACCUGCCUGUCCAUCCCGGACAUCAAGACGGCCUUCGGCGACUGUGCUGCCAAGAUUGGGCGGCGGGACUGCCUGACCCAGGCCUGCUCUGCCCUCACUGGCAAAGGGGUGAACGAGGGCAUCGAGUGGAUGGUGAAGUGCGUCGUGCGCAACAUCCACCGGCCGCCGCGGCAGAGGGACAUCACGUAGACGCAGCGUGGGCCCUGCUGUGGACAGCUUGUCCUGGAGGCUUCUGGGCCCCCAGUCCUUGGGGUUUGGAGUCUGUUUUGUUUUUUUUUCCCCCCCUUUAAUUGCUUUGUUUUUUCUCUAAGACACGUUUUUCUCUCUGUCCAGAAAAUCAUAGAUCUGGAGGCUUCAAUCUAGGCAUUCGGGGAAGCAGGACAGGGGCUGGAUUCUGUUCCAUAGGCCCUUGGCAAGGCAGCCGGCAGCCUGUGGAGAGCCGGGUGCUAGAGCAGGGGGCCUGCAGGCGUGCUGGGGGGUGGCUGCGACUCCCCAGGCACCUGGCUGGGCAUGGGGUUUCCAGAGCUUCCGUGCUACUGGCGUGGCCUGGCCACUCUCCCGCUGCAGGCCGUAGCUUUGGGGCCUCCCAAGGAGCCGGUCCUCCACCUUACCUGCUGGGGACAUCAGCAGCCCUUGGCCCCUCCAACCACUGGCUGGGGUCGUAGGUUCCCACAUAACCUCACCUCCUCUGUCUUGGUGUCACCCCAUCUCCAUUCUGAGGGGCUGAGGUCACUGGAAAGCUGGAGGCUGUGCUGGGGGUGGGUCCUUGGGCCCAUCCCCUUUCCCCGCAAGCUGGGGGUGCCCAUGGGGGCUCAGAGCCCUCCCCAGGCCAGGUGUGGCUACUGGGGCAUCAUGGGGGCCUGACAGGCAAUGGCCAGGCCUGUUGUGGGAAGUGGGGUGCCAUCUGGGGGCCCUGGGCUGGCAGACUGUGUGCCCACCUACCUCAUAUUAGGGUAGACAGGGCAUCUAGAAAUUCCUUUCCAGGCCCCUCUUUCUCGGGCCCUGUGGGGCAGGCAGGGGCCACAGGCCGCCUCAGGCCUGAGGGCUCCACCUUGCUGGCUGGGCCAUGACUGGGGCCUGUGUCUGUCGGUGCUGGCAAGGGCAGGUGUGUACAAAAUAAAAACAGGUCUCAAUG